AUGACAAACAUCGAACACUUACCAAAUGAAUUACUAUCAAUGUGUUUAAGUUAUUUGGAUUUUUAUAAUAUUUAUGAAAUAUUUUUUCAUUUAAAUUUUCGUUUUAAUCAAUUAAUUCGAUAUGCUACAAAGCUUCAUCUUCAUUUAUCUUCAAUUCCAUCAGGAAAAUUUUUACAAUUUUGUUAUCAAUUAAAUCAAUAUAUGAAAACAACUGGAAAUUAUCCAUAUACACUUAUAGCUGAAGAUAAACACAAAUUAAAAUUAAUUUUAGAAGAUGAAUUUUUUACUGAAUCAUUUUCAAAAUUAAGAACAUUAAUAUUAUCUAAUAUAGAUUCUCAUACUCUUGCUUUCAUUAUCUUUGAUUGUCCAGCAAAAUUAUAUGAAAAUUUAGAAAACUUAGCUUUAUUAGAAAAUAUUACUGAAGAUAAUCGACAAUCACGAUAUAAUCUAGAAUGGUUAUGCAACAAUUUAAUAUCAUCAAAAAUGAAAUCAUUAAAAUAUUUCAAAUUAAAUAUCGAACACUACAAAUCGAACUCUCCUUUUUACUUAUAUUUCAAUACGUUUACAAUAGAAAAUAUAUCAUUAUCUAACUUAGAAACUCUUAUUAUUGGAUAUAGUGGUUAUCCAACGAGUACAAUAGUAUCAUUUGAGACAUUGACUCAAAAAUUAUUUCCACGUUUACCAAAACUAAAAAAUUUACUUAUCGAUUUUCUUGAAUUCGAGACUUGGUGUAUGGAAUUGCCACGGGUGCUACCAACGACGACAGAUGUUAGCUCAAACGUACCAUUAAGUUUACAAUAUGUUAAAAUUGAAGUUGAAGGAGAGGAAACGGAUCGUAAUGAUCAAUCCAUCGAACACAAGAAUAGUUAA